CAGAGUGCAUUGAGCAGUGUCUGCACUAGCUUACGAACGUGGAAAGUGUUGCAGGUAGCUGCUUUGCAUUGUCAGGAUGGCUGAUAACAGAGAUAAGGCAACUGAUCAAAUGAAAUUGUGGAAAGAGAGUAGAGGUUCCCAGAGACCGGAAACGCUGACGACGGGGGCCGGCGUCCCGGUGGGGGACAAGCUGAACGAACAGACAGCGGGUCCACGAGGGCCCCUGCUCGUGCAGGACGUCGUGUUCACCGACGAGAUGGCGCACUUUGACCGCGAGCGAAUCCCAGAGCGAGUGGUGCACGCUAAGGGAGCUGGAGCAUUUGGGUACUUUGAGGUCACCCAUGAUGUCACCCGCUUCUGCAAGGCCAAGGUGUUUCAGCAUGUGGGAAAGACUACACCCAUCGCCAUCCGCUUCUCCACUGUGGCUGGGGAGUCAGGCUCUUCAGACACAGUGCGAGACCCCCGUGGCUUUGCAGUGAAGUUUUACACUGAAGAAGGCAACUGGGACCUGACUGGCAACAACACACCCAUCUUCUUCAUUCGGGAUGCCCUGCUGUUCCCAUCCUUCAUCCACUCCCAGAAGCGCAACCCCCAGACACAUCUGAAGGACCCGGACAUGGUGUGGGACUUCUGGAGCCUGCGGCCAGAAUCACUGCACCAGGUGUCCUUCCUGUUCAGUGACCGUGGUAUUCCUGAUGGAUAUCGCCACAUGAACGGCUACGGCUCCCACACCUUCAAGCUGAUCAACGCAGAAGGGCAUCCAGUCUACUGCAAGUUCCACUACAAGACUGACCAGGGCAUUAAAAACCUGACGCCAGAAGACGCAGAUCGUCUAGCAUCCACUGACCCCGACUAUGCCAUCCGAGACUUGUACAACGCCAUCUCCAAUGGCAACUUCCCCACCUGGACUUUUUACAUCCAGGUCAUGACCUUUGAGCAGGCAGAGAAGUUCCCAUGGAACCCGUUUGACCUGACCAAGGUGUGGUCCCAUAAGGAAUACCCCCUUAUUCCUGUGGGCAAGAUGAUUCUCAACCGCAACCCUGUCAACUACUUUGCUGAGGUGGAGCAGCUGGCCUUUGACCCCAGCAACAUGCCCCCAGGCAUCGAGCCGAGCCCUGACAAAAUGCUGCAGGGCCGCCUCUUCUCAUACCCGGACACCCAUCGGCACCGCCUGGGUGCCAACUACCUCCAGCUGCCUGUCAACUGCCCAUUCAGAGCCCGUGUGGCUAACUACCAGAGGGAUGGGCCCAUGUGCAUGUUCGAAAACCAGGGUGGUGCCCCUAAUUACUACCCCAACAGCUUCAGUGCUCCAGAGACACAGCCCCACUUCAUAGAGUCCAAGUUCAAGGUGUCGCCCGACGUGGCUCGCUACAACAGUGCUGAUGAGGAUAAUGUCACACAGGUGCGAACCUUCUACACCCAAGUGUUGAAUGAGGAGGAGAGACAGCGGCUGUGUCAGAACUUGGCAGGACACUUGAAGGGGGCACAGCUCUUCAUCCAGAAGCGCAUGGUGCAGAACCUGAUGGCUGUCCAUCCGGACUAUGGCAACCGAGUGCAGGCCUUGCUCAACAAGUAUAAUGCAGAGGCCAAAACGAAUGCUGUCCGGGUGUACACCCGCGGAGGUGCAUCUGCCUUGGCUGCUUCCUCCAAGAUGUAAGGGGAUGGGGGCCAGGGCAGGGCUGUGCAGCCAGAGGCCCCAGAAUCCACCCCAUUACGCUUUUGCCUGUAACCAUCAGCUAAGGAACCAUGCCACUGACCCCAAAACAGCUUCUGCAUGACAGAUGGAGUACUAGCCAACUGAAUUUGUUAGGAUAAUUUACCACACAGAUGGGUGCACUGUACUAACAUGUAUCUUCCUGCCGUAAUGAUUCCUAGGCUUUACAAGAAAGCUGAAUAGAGUGCCACACUAUGGAAUAAUGCUUGAUAUUUAAAACCGAAAGUGCACCUGCAUAGUGUGUGCUAUGAGAUUGUUUGUGUGUGCCGUUGGACACAGGGCACCUUUUGCUGCCACAAGUACACUGAAUCACAGUGUUUGGGUGCACUGUAAUAUGAUGCCUUACUUUCCGUCCAGCUAACGACAGCCCCUGGAUAUGCAUAUCCUGUUUGUAAAUGCUAUGUGUUGAUGGUUGUUUUUGUGAGAGUGCCCAGGUUUUGACUGAUCCCAAAUCACGUAACCGCUCUUUGAAAUGUGUUUAAACCUGUUAAAACUUCAUCCUGUCUCAAUUUGUUUUUCUCUCUCAUUGUCAUGUGCACUGCAGUCUCCGUCUCCUCUGAAGAGACAUGUUGAAGUGCAGGUGUAUGUGUGUGUGCACUCAGCUGUGCAUCUCAAAGAGAUGGUAAUGCAUAAAAGGGCUGACCCAAUGAGACUCACUUGUAUGAAGAUUGAAAGAAAUUAAGAUGUGAAAAUGUGAUUAAGAUAUAACUGGUGAGGAACCCUGUCAAGUGAAACCCAGUGCAGGAUGACUGUAUAUAGUGCCAGAGUUUGCGCUGGGAAGAGGAAGGAACUGCUGGAUUCAAAUUAAUUUGUACCACCUUGCAAAAUCCUGCAAACAUCAGUAAUGUCUUAUCUUAUCCAAACAACCCUAGUGCCUACACUUUUAUACUGUAUGGGAUAUAAAUCUCAUUUGGAUUUUUACAGUGCUGUCUGCAGUACUGAUGCUGUUGCAUUUGUUUUUACACUAAAUACCAUAACUCCCAUAGAUAAACAACAAGAAACGUAGUCAUUCCUAGCAAAUGCUCUCUGAUUGGGUGAGUUGUUAAACUCCCAUCACAUUCCAUUUUAGGAUAUAACACAGUUGGCCAGCCGUCACUUGGCUCCACAGGAUUUCUUUACUAAUAUUACCUUGAGUCCCUCCUAGUUAAAGUCAAGAUCACCCCAAAAUGUGGUCUUUAUAUUAGCCAUGCUGUUGGGGGAUUUGGAAAAAGUGUUUUAAUUCUCACUGGAAGGCUAGUGAGGAUUGUGAUUAGUGUUUUUUUGUUUCCCACCCAGACCAACAUCUCAUUGCCUUACCACAGUAUAUGUGUUGGGGCUACUGUGAGGCUAAGCUCUGGUUACUUUCUGCCUUUGACAGCAGGUCUAAGAUCAGACCGCCUAUUGCCAAUCCUAACACCUAACCAUUGAGUGUACUAUUUUAGUUCUGAUCAAGGAUCAGUUGAGAAUGGCAAAAAGUGCCAAAAACCAGAAGGUAGGCUUUUAGAAGACCAUGACAAGACCAUUUAUGGAAAAAGAAGCAAAAGGAGACAUUUUGUACCCCCCAAAGUUAGUGUAUAUUCAUAUCGUGUACGAAAGUGCUGACCAUUUGCAAUCUGUAGUUGACACUUUUUUCAAUGCUAGUGCUUGAAUAUUGUGGCCUAAGCAGAAAUCAAGACAUGUGGCCUUGAAAUGUAUAGAUGACAGUAUAGAACAGCAGUCGAUACUGUGUUAACUAUCCAUUCACGGAUACCACUCGGUCACAUCAAACUAAAGAUUUCAUGUUCAUAUUGAGAGUCAAAAGAUUAACCCUGCUGUCUCUUCGUUGACUACUGUUUUAACUCCAUCUUUGUCUCCCUGAAACAAAAUGAUCUGUUGUAAUAUUGAAUUGUAAAUGUCAUUAUGUGUGAUUUCACUCAGUGCUUAAUUUUAUAAUUUAUGAUAAAAUUAAGAGGUUAAUACUCUGUAUUUACUUUUGCGUGUGG